AUGCUGAGAUACUUAGGCAUCACAGGUCAAUCUGCUUUCACGUCCUCGUUGCCGCUCUUGUCUUGUUUGUGCAUACGGUUAAUAACCUACGCCGACCUGAGGCUCACUGAAAAGCUGCCGAUAGGCAAAGGCUUUAGUGCCCUUGCGGAUUUGCUCGCUAGUAUCGCUGCCUCUGUUAUUACCAGCAGUCAUGAAGUCCUUACUACGGAAGAUUUCAACACUGCAGGCGACCCUUUGACAUCUGAUGCGAAGAGAUUGCCGGUCCUUCAGACAUCAGAUGCAGGAUACACCACUGCUCCACUAUGCGAUCAGGCAUUUGUUGACAAUCAGCUACCGUCGAUCGAGACAGCUUCAACCGUCUUUGACUUCUUGUUUCACUCUCUUUCUCCGUUCGAUGUUGAGAUGUGA